AACCAAUGAUUCCUUUCUCAUUAAUUUUUGUUUUAUCACAAAGCGCUUUCCAUUUACUCACACAACACAAACAUGCAUAGGAUGAUAUCCGUGACCACAAAUACUAGAUAGAUAUAUCAGAAACACACACACGUUACAAGUUCAAUUCAGAAAGUCAACAACAGCAACAACCUCAGACAGAUGAAGAACACCACUGCUUGUCUCAAAAUCUUCUCCACCCUUAUUCUCUUAGCCUCUCUCUUCUACAUCAUCAUUGCUCCCUCCUUCUACACUUCACCUCGUAUCCAUCAAAACUUGCAUUUGCAAUCCCAACACCACUUUGACUUCUGCCCAAGCAACUACACCAACCACUGUCCAUGUCAAGACCCCAUAAGGCAGAGACGCUUCCCCAAAGCCAAAAUGUUCCGCAAAGAGCGUCAUUGCCCUCAAAGCACCACUGAAAGGUUGAGGUGCCUCAUUCCAAUCCCACCUGGGUACCAAACCCCGUUUCCUUGGCCUAAGAGUAAGGACACUGCUUGGUUCAGUAACGUGCCUUUUCCCAAGCUUGUGGAGUAUAAGAAGUCACAGAAUUGGGUUAGGUUGGAAGGUGACCACUUUGUGUUCCCUGGAGGUGGCACUUCGUUUCCUGAAGGGGUCAAGGCUUAUGUUAAUGCUCUAAAACGUCUUCUUCCGGUGCCUUUGGAAUCUGGGGACGUCAGAACAGUGCUUGAUGUUGGUUGUGGGGUUGCAAGCUUUGGAGCUUCUCUGAUGGACUAUGGUAUCUUGACAAUGUCACUGGCGCCUAGUGAUGAACAUCAAUCUCAAGUACAGUUUGCCCUAGAAAGAGGACUCCCAGCAAUAUUAGGUGUACUAAGCAUUCACAGGCUAACAUUCCCUUCAAGAUCAUUUGAUAUGGUUCAUUGCUCUAGAUGCCUUGUCCCAUGGACUGAUUAUGAUGGGCUAUACCUGAGAGAGAUUGACCGGAUUUUACGUCCUGGAGGAUUUUGGGUACUGUCUGGGCCACCCAUAAAUUGGAGGGUAAACUACAAAGCGUGGGAAACAGAGCCUCAUGAGUUAAAAAAGGAGCAAAAUACCUUAGAAGACCUUGCAAUGCAACUGUGCUGGGAAAAAGUUGCUGAGAGAGACCAGAUUGCUGUCUGGCAAAAACACAUAGAUCAUAUCAGCUGCAUGCAAAAGUUGAAGACUAGGAGAUCCCCCAAGUUCUGUAACUCAUCUGAGUCUGACCCUGAUGCUGGAUGGUAUACCAAAAUGACUGCAUGCAUUUUUCCUCUUCCAGACGUGAAAGAUGUACAUGAAGUAUCUGGUGGUGUUCUUGAGAAAUGGCCUAUGAGGUUGGAAACUGUUCCACCAAGGGUCAGAAAUGAAAAUGAUGAUGGCUUCACUCUCAAAACAUAUAUUGAAGAUAAUCAGACAUGGAAAAGGAGAGUGUCCAAUUAUGGGGUCCUUCUUAAAUCCCUCUCUUCUGGAAAAUAUCGAAAUGUUAUGGAUAUGAAUGCUGGCUUUGGUGGAUUUGCCGCUGCAAUAGUGAAAUAUCCUGUUUGGGUUAUGAAUGUUGUUCCCUUUGAUGUAAAAAGCAACAAUCUUGGCAUUAUCUACGAACGAGGCCUUAUAGGAACUUACAUGGAUUGGUGUGAGCCCUUUUCGACAUACCCACGAACAUAUGACUUGAUACAUGCUAGUGGUGUAUUCAGUAUGUAUAUGGACAAGUGUGAUAUUACUGAUAUUCUUCUGGAGAUGCAUCGCAUUCUUCGUCCCAAAGGAGCUGUUAUCGUUAGAGAUCACGGAGAUGUAAUUCUUAAAGUAAAAGAAAUAACUGAUAGAAUAAGAUGGAAAGGAAUUGUAGUGGCUGGUGACCAGGAUGGACCUUUUCAUCCAGAAAUGAUUAUGGUUAUAAACAAUGACGACUAAAUUUGUUAUAUUGUUAGUUCUGUUACCAGCAGCAUCUCA